AUGAUUGAAAACGUCACGUCUUCAUCAACUUUCAAACGUACUGAAAAUAAAACAAGAGUUCUUCGACGUUUUUUUAAAAAAUUUCUUAAUGAUUGGUCAUUUGAUUUAGCAUCAAUGAUUGCGUUUAAUUUAAUGGUUGCUCUUUUACCAAUAGCUAUAACACUUUUUGGUAUAUUAGGUCUCAUUUUAAAUGAUCGUCCUCAAAUUCAACAAGAUCUGAAAGAUAAUAUAAUUCAAUUAUUUCCAUCAGACAAUACAACACAAGUUGCAAUUAAACAAGUAGUUGAUCUUGCAUUUGAUAAAUUAUCAAAAGAUGCUGGAGUUAUAUUAGUUAUUGGUAUUUUAUUUGCAAUGAUUAGUUCAUCUCGUUUAUUUGUUGCUAUUGAUAAAACUCUGGCUAUUAUUUAUCGUUUACAUGAACGUUCAUUUCUACGUCAAUAUUUAAUGGCAAUUGCUCUUUUAUUAGCAUUCAUUAUGAUAUUUAUAUUAAUGCUUGUUGCUAGUUCAGUACCAUCUGCUUUAAUGAAUACAGUUAAAGGAGAUGCCGCUCGUUUUGGUCUAUUUAUAGCUGGUAUAUUAAUAUCAUUAUCAAUAUCGUUUGGUCUUUUUCAAAUGAUUUAUCGAUUAACUCCAAAUAAAAAGAUGAGUUUAAAAAAAACAUGGUGUGGAGCAUUGAUUGCUGCUAUCAUUUUAGAAUUAUUUAUCAUUUUAUUUCCAUUAUAUGUACGAAAAUUUAUAAGUAACUAUGCCGGUAACACAUUUUUAUUUCAAAUUUUAUUUAAAAAAUUCGUUUACUGUUUUUUACUUUUCUAUCUUUCUUCAUUUUUUCGAGGUCAAAUUGGUUUUGCAGUCAUUCUUAUUAUCUUUUUUUAUUAUUUUGCUAUUAUACUUAUAUUUGGUGCUCAAAUAAAUUCUUACUUUUUUGAAAAUAAUUCUCCAUUGAGUGAUACUCUUGGUACAUAUAUUAGUCAAAUAUAUCAAGAGCAUCAUGAUGAAAACAUUACUAAUUCUUCAUUUAAUGAAAAUAAUAAUCAACAAGAUUUAUCAACUAAUAAUGAACAUAAUCAAAUAAAUAAUGUUCGAUGGAUAAACAAACUGUGGCCAUUUAAAAGACGAUAUUCUAUUGAACCACUAACACAAUCAAAUAAUUCUACUUAG